AUGGCAGAUCAGUAUAAUCCAAAGUAUGCCGCUCCGGAAGACACGGCACUCGAUGGACCAGCGCGUAUCAAAGCAAUAUACCUUCAUCCCAUCAAAUCAUGCGGCUCUAUCGAGGUGAAUCGGGCUCUGCUCACCAAGUCUGGGUUUAUGUACGACCGAUGUUUUGCACUUGCAUCAGAACUCGUGACGAGUGAUGCUGAUGCUGGCUCUCAGUGGCGAUUCAUCAGCCAGCGCACAAAGCCCAUCAUGUCCCAGAUCAAGACCGAGUUAUGGCUCCCUCACAAGGAUAGCAACCCCCAUGAUUCACUGGUCAAGGCAGGUGGAUGUGUCGUCGUGACAUUCCAAAAUCCCGACACACCAAGCUGGGUGGAUCGGCUGGAGGCCAUGUUUGCUGCGCGAGAUCUAUCUGCGAUACCACAGUUUUCCUUCAUUGCACCUCUCCAUGUGACUGCCGCCGAGAGAGACGAGUGUCAGAUUGAGAUGAAAUCGUUCGGCAUCCAUGGUAGGGAAGCGAAAGGCCUUGAUAUGGGCAGAAUACCCUCUAUUGCAGCGUCUUUACCAAAGUUGAAGAAAUUCCUCAAGAUCCCUCAAGAUCAAAGCCUUACACUCUUGAGAUGUACGCCAGAUACUCUGGUACGUACGGAUAGAAACCUCGCACCGCUGAAACACAUUGGUUCGCCGGCAGUGCACGGCUACACAGACCAACAGCCAGUCAAUAUCAACAGCUUGUCUUCCGUUCACGCUGUGUCAGCUCUCCUUCCACCCGAGAACCAGCCUCUAGACGCGCUUCGCUUCCGUGCCAAUAUAUGGAUCACGAACGUCUCUGCUUACGACGAAGAGACGUGGAAACGCUACCGCAUUCUUCCAAGCGGUGGUAACACCAAGUCACGCGCUAGUGUAGCACCUGUUUUGUCUGUUGUUUGUCGCACGUCUCGAUGCACGAUGCCAAACGUCAAUCUGGAGACGGGCAAAUUUGAUGCGGAUACCCCGUCUCCGGAAAAGAAGAAAGGCAGACCACAGCCAAGCACCACUCUGGUGCGGUACCGUACUGUCGAGGACGGUAACAAGUCAGCGCUCGGAUAUAUUGGAAUGCAUUGCGUUCCGGAGGAUCAGAGCUUAAAGGAAGCCGAGAGGCAGGAAGCAGGAUUAUACGUUGCUGUCGGUGACGAGAUUGAGGUUCUGGAACGAGGAGUGCAUUUAUAUGGGUCCACAGCCAACGCUUAUUAG